AUGGAUCCCGCAAAGUACACAUAUCCCUGGCCUCUUGCUGGAUACGAGAAUCUACAACCGUUACCAGAAAUACAACAACCGGACAAAUCCAUAGAAACUCCUCAGACAGGCAUCCUCUCCCCAGCCUACUCGAAAUUCACAUCCGGUCUCGACAACGGUAUUCGUGGUGGCUUCGACGUUCACAUAUACUACAACCACUACGACGACGAGCAGACCAGUUUCGCUCGUGCUCUCCGGGAGCGCAUCCGUCGCGAAUUCCCAGAGCUUCGCAUCUACAAAUUCUGGGAUCGUCCAAUGCUUGCUCUGUCCAUCAUGCCGUCUACGGAAGACGACUCGUUACAAACUGUACAACCAACGAGAUUCACCUCUAUCAAUCAGCGCUCGCCAACACCACCGAGCAGAUGUAUCUCAGAUUCAGAGCCUGAGGAUGACCUUGGCGAAAUUACGGCAACGGGUCGUUCUGCUGCAUUCGAUGCAGCUUGUCACGACAUAGGAUUAUCAACCAAUGAUUCCGUCACAGACAUUGACGAGCUUCAGGACGCAAAGAGACCGUUAGGUGAUUUUGAAGAUGUUUUCGAAGCUGCGGCAGAGCGGCGUCCACGAGCCUCUACUGAGGAUGAUACUAGCGAGGUCUUCAGACCAACACCAAGAGCUGAAGACUUUCUCUCCCCUACUUACAAUAUCGCCACUGUCAUAGGAGAAGCUGAAGAGAUGUACGAAGGCGAAGUUCCUCCCUUUUGCAUCUCCUACAAGAGUGGAAAGACAAAGCUUGAGUACCCCGAUCCCGUUGAUUCUAUCAAGUAUAUCGUCUCCUACAGUAGAAGCGACCAAGGCUACCUUGUUUGGAGAGGUUACGAUCAGAGGUAUGACAAAGAGCCGGUUGCAACAGUUUCUAAACCACACCGAAGACCAACAAACAAAAGUUCUCGAUCGGUCAAUGGCAGUGCUCACGACGACUUCUUCGAUGACACUCCUCUUCGAUCGUUUCGAGAUCGAAGUGAUCGGCAGUUAUACCCUUAUCAGAUGGACAAGGUGGAGCACAAUCAUGUCAAGAAAGGCGAGAAGCUUUCGGAGUCUUUCCUCCAGGAAGAGUUCCACAGAACACAGAGUAAGAAAAGACGAAAGUCGCAGUCAGGAUCAAAGUCAAAGAGAAGAUCAAUAUCUUCGACAGAAUCAAGGUCUAGUACAGUGUCAGUUAUAUCAACAACUAGCAGGUCAAGCUCUGUCACUGUGGUUGACGACGUCUCUGCGACAACAGUCAUGACUCGUUUCAAAGAGCUUGAUGGUGCCAUUCCUGUGGCGUUCAACACAAAUUCAAUGGACGAGCUGUUCGACACGGUCGAGGAUGCCUGGCAGGCUCAGCUUAAUGGACGUACUAUCAAAUACAGCACAGUUCAUUUUCCAUGGCUCAGCAAAAGCUCGAACCUCCUGUUCAUGAGAAGCAACCACACCAGUUUCGGUUUCGAAACCAUGCUUAAAGAACUCCGCCGUGCCCCAACUUGGUCGAUAACAGGUGAUUGCUCGAUUGAGCUCGAGUUCUUCGUAUGA